GAAAAAGAAGAUAUGAUGAUGAAACAGAAGCAGGGUACAAAAAGGUCAAACUUGAUGAAAAAUCACCUGAAAAAAUAGUUAAGCUUAUUAUAUCUCAGGAAGGACUUAAGAAAGAUUUUAGAAGGCCUCAUCAAUUAUGUAAACGAGAAGCAGAGUUUGAGCGAAAAGAAAGGGAUAUUUCUUUACAUACCACAUAUAAGAUAUUUCUUGAACGUUUUAAGGCAAAUUCUAAUGAUAAGCGAUACAAUCCUUUAUGUGCUCUCCAAUCUGCACCAGGAGGAGGGAAAUCAUUCUUUCUUGAUGAAUUAGCAGCAUUGAAAUCUGAUGAUAUAAAUAGCUUUUUUCAACAAGAAAAUUAUAAAGAUGAUGAAAAAGCCAAAACAUUUCAAAAGAUUCUAGAAAAUUCAAUUCCAAUAUGCAUCACUUAUAAUGGUGGAUCAUCAGUUGUUUCAGAAAAUUAUGAAGAUAAAGAUCCUAUGAAAGGUUUAGCAUUACGAAUACUUUGGAGUUACUUUUUUGAUCCUCAGAAAUUAUCCUGGAGUAAUUUUAUCCAAUUCAUUGAACAAACCUUUUCUGAUUUACCUUCCAUUGAUGAUGUUAUGAGAUGUAUCUAUUAUCAUUCUGAGAAUAAACCUUUGCUUUUAUGUGUAGAUGAGAUUAUGAAGGCACCAACACCUAAGAAAAUAAUAUUCAGUCUUGGAGCACAGCUCAGUAACAGACAAAUGGAUAAAUUUAACAUGGCUAUUUCAACUCUUGAUGCACUAUAUUUUGCCAAAGUUCAGACAGAUUCAGGAAGACCAGUAAAAUGGGUGCCAUUGAAAUCAAUUAGUUUUACUGAGGCAAAAAAUUUAUUUUAUGAAUUUGACAUGAGUUCCCUUAACAAACGCUGUAUUUCAGACUGCAAUGGUCACCCAAGGUCACUUGAACAAUUGUAUUUCAUCUUAAAACAAGGUAAGAUAGAAGCAGGAACUUAUACUAAUAUUUUGUCAAGAUUAACAAAGAAUAUUGGUACCUGGUUUCAAAUUAGUUUUUCUGAAGUUAAAGCAGCUCUGGAGGGAAUUCCAAGGCCACUAAAUUAUGUUUUGGAAGUUGAGGAUGGUGAAAAAGCUAAUAUUGCAAUGCUCAUUUCAAAAGGAAUUUAUAUAAAUACUAUUUCUUCAGGAGAUGAGGAUAAUAUUAAUAUUGUAAUCCCCAAAUUGUCACCUGUUGCACUCUGGAAGUUUUGUUCUAAAUUUGAAUAUGAUGAAACUUAUGGUGUAUUUGCAGAAAAUUUGAGAUGUCUAUUAUUUGAAGAAGAUAAAUUUCUUGAUAAAGUGAAUGAUGGAUCACCAUUUGAGCAUUUUCAUUCCUAUUUGGAAGUAAUAUCUCGAUAUUUGCUUUUGAAGAAUAAUAAAGAGUCAACAUGUCUUAAAGAUUUAUAUAGACUACAAGAAAAACAACAGCUCUAUUGGGAAAAUAUCAAGUUCAUGGUGCAAGAAAAGACUGUUAAAAGAUUUAGGCUGACUGCUAAAGGUAUAGUCGAUGAGAAAGGUGAACCCUAUGAAAACCUGACAGAUGCUGUAUUUGUACCUCUUUCAUCAAAUGAAAGUGGACAUGACAUGGUGAUAUUUGAGGAAAAGAUAUUGAAGGGAAAUAGAUCUAAGGGAAAUACAUCAACAAAAUCUUAUAUUGCAAUUAAUAUAGAAUGCAAGUUUUCAUAUCCACACAGCACAACAAAAGAAUCCAAAAGUCGUGUAGAGAGUAAAGACUCCAAAACUCAUAAUAAAUAUCUUCCUUAUCUCUGGACCAACAGAACUCGUAAUUCUUCACAAUUGGAAUAUCCACACUUUAAGACAAGCAAUAUAGCACAGCUUAAUAUGACAGAAGAUGAUAUCAUUCUUGUUUAUGUCUCAUGGAGAGACCUUCAUAAAAAUGUUGAAAAUAUGGAUACAACGAAUCUAACAAUUCUUAAUAAGGAAAGACUAAGAAGAAUAUACACAGAGUCAUUGUCAUCACGACUUGAAUUUAUUUUUGAAGAUGAAUGA